AUGAUAGCAAAGGACGAAGAGACGGCCGCCCCGGAAACUCGCCAGCUCCCUGUUACCCUGCUCUCGGGGUUCCUGGGAAGCGGCAAAACAACCCUCCUCGAACACAUCCUCAAAUCCCCAGGUCACGGGCUGCGCAUCGCCGUAAUCGUCAACGACAUGAGCUCCCUCAACAUCGACGCCGCCCUAAUAACGCACCACAAAGUCUCCCAGACGAAAGAGAAGCUCAUCCAGCUGCAGAACGGGUGUAUCUGCUGCACACUGCGGGGCGAUCUGCUAGCUGAACUCGCAAGGCUCACGAAGCAGAAGGAGGUCGAUUAUGUUGUCAUCGAGAGCACGGGGAUUAGCGAGCCGAUGCAGGUGGCGGAGACGUUUACGGCGGAGUUUAGUAAGGCGAUGGUGGAGGUUGAAGGGGGUGGGAUGGCUGGGGUUGAGGGAGGGAGUGGACUGGACGAAGAUGACCGGAGGGUGUUGGAGGAGAUAGCGCAAAUCGGCGGCCUGCACACGCUCGCGCGCCUCGACACAACCGUCACCGUAAUCGACACGUUCAAUCUGCUCUCCAACUUCGACACAGCCGAGUUCCUGUCGGACCGGUACGGGUCGGACGCCAUAAUCCCCGAAGACGAGCGCACGAUCUCCGACCUGAUGGUCGACCAGAUCGAGUUCGCGGAUGUGCUGAUCAUGAACAAGGUCGAGACUGUUGAGCAGCAAACACUGGAUAAGAUCCGCCGGCUGGUGGGCAUGUUGAAUCCGGACGCGAAGCUUAUUGAGACGAGUUACUCCAAGGUUGAUGUCAAGGAGAUUCUUGGGACGGGCCGGUUUGAUUUCGUUAGGGCUGCGAGUGGGGCCGGGUGGUUGAGGAGUUUACAUGAGAUGAGUGUGUUGACGACCGGGGUGGGGAAGAGGGUUGCGCCUAGGCCGGAGACGUUGGAAUACGGCAUCAACAACUUCGUCUACACUGCGCGCCGACCGUUCCACCCGCGGAAACUGUUCUCGCUGAUCCAUGACAAGUUCAUCCUGCUCCAGUCGCUGAACAGCCAUGAGCAUGGCGGUGACGACGACGACGACGACAACGAAGAGGAAGAGGGAGAAGAGGAAGAAGAGAACUCCUCCGAAGCCGGUACCCAAGACUCAGACUCCGACUCCGAUUCCAACUCCAGCUCAUCGGAGAUAUCAGAAUUCACAAUCAAAGACCAAGCCCAAAUCCUAUCCAACAAAAGAGCCAGCCCGUUCGGACCCAUCCUCCGCUCAAAAGGCUUCUUCUGGCUCGCCACCCGCCCCGCGCACUUCGGCGAAUGGAGCCAAGCGGGCUCAAUGCUCACAGUGGGCUGCGGGGGCCCCUGGUUCGCAGAGGUCAGCGAGGCCAUGUGGCCGGAGGACAAGGACGUGGCUGAGUCAAUUCGUCGGGACUUUCAGGGUGAGUGGGGAGAUCGGCGGCAGGAGUUGGUGUUUAUUGGGGAGGGGCUGGAUGUGCAGGCUGUGACGGAGUGUCUGGAUGGGUGUUUGCUUGAUGAUGGGGAUAUGAAGAGGUGGGAGAAGAUUAUGAGGAGUAGGAGGCUGAGUAGGGGGGAGAAGGCGGAGCGGUUGGCGGGGUUGUGGGAGGAUGGGUGGGAGGAUUGGCCGGAGGUUGAGGAGGAGAUGGAGAUGUGA